AUCUUAUCGUGUAAAUCAGACUGUCCAAACAUAUCAUAAUCAUAUAUGAUAUGGAGAUAUGCACGUGAACAGCAAGAUUCAACCUCUCCCCACGACGAACGGGGUAACGUGUCCGUUACAUUUCUGUUCGAUUAUAAGAACACACAAACAACCAAUCAGUUUGUUUGAGUAUCGUUUUCACCUAAUCUUCACUUUCCAUCUCUGAGUUUCUUCUCCGGCGAGACCAUGCACCGUUUUUUACAAUCUUCAAUCACUCGAUUGGUCACCACCCGCACUUACCUUCUCCACUCCUUUGUUGUUCCAAGUUAUCGCUAUUUUUCUCUCUUUGCAGCCGAAGGUGACGUUGAUGAUGGUGGUGAUGCUCCUCAAGCAUGGAAAUCAGUGGAGGGUCUUCGCCGGUGCUCAGCUAAUCACGUGCCUUUGUCUCCCAUUACCUUCCUGGAAAGAGCAGCAAAGGUUUACAGAGACAGAACAUCGCUUGUUUAUGGUUGUCGUAACUUCACAUGGAAUCAAACGCAUCAACGUUGUCUUAAGCUCGCUUCUGCUUUGUCUCAGAUCGGGAUUUCCCGUGGUGAUGUGGUUCGUUUCUUUUUCAAGCAUCUACCUCUUUUCUUUUCUUUUCUUUUUUCUUUUGGGUUCAUCUGCAUCUUCGCCAUACAGGUUUCAACUCUGGCUCCCAAUGUUCCAGCAAUGUACGAGCUGCAUUUCGCGGUUCCUAUGGCCGGAGCUGUUCUUUGUACGCUUAAUUCCCGGCUCGACUCGGCCAUGGUUUCAGUCCUACUGGCACAUUCAGAAGCUAAGAUCCUAUUCGUGGACCAAGGAUUACUCGAAAUCGCUCGCGGAGCACUCGAUCUUCUUGCUAAAACUAACACAAAACCACCAAUCUUAGUUUUGAUUUCUGAAGGGGAUGACGAUCCAUCUCCAACCAGCAUUGUGCCUUAUGAAUAUGAAAGUUUUUUAGAAACUGGGCAAAUUGAAUUUGAGAUAAAAAGACCAAAGAGUGAAUGGGAUCCUAUAAGUGUGAAUUAUACCUCUGGUACAACAUCUAGGCCUAAAGGAGUUGUUUAUAGUCACAGGGGAGCCUACCUCAAUACUAUCGCGACGCUUUUCCUUCACGGAAUGCAGUCGAUGCCGAUUUAUUUGUGGACUGUGCCCAUGUUUCAUUGUAACGGUUGGUGCCUCACUUGGGGUGUUGCGGCACAGGGUGGUACAAACAUAUGCAUGAAGAACGUUUCCCCAAGUAAAAUAUUUGAGAACAUAGCUUUACAUAAUGUGACACACAUGGGAGGAGCUCCAACCGUCCUAAAUAUGAUUGUGAAUUCAUCUGUUAGAGAGCAAAAGCCGAUUUCCCACAAGGUCGUGAUAUGCACCGGUGGCUCACCACCGCCUCCACAGAUCUUGCUUAAGAUGGAAGAGUUGGGUUUUAGUGUGACUCACUUGUAUGGCCUUACUGAAACUUACGGUCCUGGUACAUUCUGUGUGUUGAAACCCGAAUGGGAAUCCUUGCCUCCCGAGGAACAAUCAAAGUUGAAAGCUCGGCAAGGAAUGCAACAUCUCGGUUUGCAAGACGUUGACAUAUUAGAUCCCGUCACGAUGGAGAAAGUACCAGCUGAUGGUAAAACUAUGGGUGAAGUCAUGUUUAGAGGAAACACUGUGAUGAGUGGAUACUUCAAAGACUCGAAAGCAACUGAGGAAGCAUUUAAAGGUGGAUGGUUUCACAGCGGUGAUCUCGCCGUGAAACAUCCAGACGGGUAUAUAGAAGUAAAGGACCGGCUGAAAGAUAUCAUAAUUUCUGGGGGAGAGAAUAUAAGCACGAUACAAGUUGAGACAGUUUUGUACAGUCACCCAGCAGUUCUCGAAGCUGCAGUUGUUGCCCGGCCUGAUAAUCAUUGGGGACAGACCCCUUGUGCAUUCGUGAAGCUAAAAGAAGGAUUCAACAUUGAUUCUCAAGAACUAAUCCUGUUUUGCCGGGGUCACUUGCCGCAUUAUAUGGCUCCCAAAACCGUGAUCUUUGAGGAAUUACCAAGGACAUCAACUGGAAAGAUACAAAAAUAUAUAUUGAGAGAAAAAGCAAAGGCCCUUGGGAGCCUCUCUUAAGCAACAAAUGAUAAUGUACUAACCCCAAAGAUACAAAGUUUCUCAAAAGUUUUUUUCAUUAUUAUUCAA